CACUUUGGUUAUCAAUUUAUACUCUUUGGAGCAGGCGGCAUAUUAUUGUCAAAUAUUGUGUAUUGUGUUAUUCAAAUGGUUUAUUAAUAAAAAUUAGGUUCUAAGUUAAAAAGGAUCACCAUGGCUUAUCACUACGUUGUUACAGCACAAAAAGCUACAGCAGUUACAGCAUGCAUUACAGGCAACUUCACAAGCCCUACAGACCUCAACUUGCUGGUGGCUAAACUGUCACGUCUAGAAAUGUACCUGGUGACUCCGGAGGGCUUGAGACCUAUGAAAGAAGUUGGUCUAUAUGGAAAAGUUGCUAAAAUGAAAUUAUUCAGACCUCCAUAUGAAAAGAAAGAUUUAGUAUUCAUUCUAACAGCUCGAUAUAAUGCAAUGAUAUUAGAGUGGAGGACAGGACCUAAUGGUGAUUUGGAAGUGGUGACACGAGCACAUGGUAAUGUUGCCGACCGCAUCGGAAAGCCCUCAGAGAAUGGCAUAUUGGCGGUGAUCGACCCACAAGCUAGGGUUAUCGGUUUGAGGCUGUAUGAUGGAUUAUUUAAGAUUAUACCAUUGGAUAAAGAUUCCACAGAGCUUAAAGCUGCUAGUCUAAGAUUGGAAGAGUUAAAUGUUUAUGAUUUAGAAUUUCUGCAUGGUUGUGCCAAUCCUACCUUAAUACUUAUACAUCAAGAUCUCAACGGAAGACAUAUAAAAACACAUGAACUCAAUGCAAAAGAUAAAGAAUUCAUGAAGAUACCGUGGAAACAAGACAAUGUGGAAACAGAGGCAUCUAUCUUGAUACCAGUACCAAGUCCUUUAGGUGGCGCUAUUGUAAUUGGUCAAGAGUCAAUAGUAUAUCAUGAUGGACAGAGCUAUGUGGCUGUUGCACCUUCACAAAUAAAGAUGACACCAAUAAACUGCUACUGCCGCGUGGACGGCAAGGGCAUGCGCUACCUGCUGGGUGACAUCGCGGGCCGCCUCUUCAUGCUGCUGCUGGAGCUGCAGGAGAAGAUGGACGGCACGCAGGCUGUCAAGGACCUUAAAGUUGAACUUCUAGGUGACAUCCCGAUACCGGAAUGCAUGACGUACCUGGACAAUGGCGUGGUAUUCAUCGGGUCUCGUCUGGGAGACUCGGCGCUGGUGAGGCUGUCUGCGGCGCGAGAUGACGCCGGCCAGUAUGUCCAGCCCAUGGAGACCUUCACCAGCCUCGCGCCCAUCGUGGACAUGUGUCUUGUGGACCUCGAGCGACAGGGACAGAACCAGCUCAUCACGUGCUCCGGUGCAUUCAAGAUGGGGUCAUUACGUAUAAUACGUAACGGCAUCGGCAUACAGGAGCAGGCAUCCAUCGACCUGCCCGGCAUCAAGGGCAUGUGGCCCCUCACACUGACACAAAACUCCACCUACCAUGACACACUUGUGCUGUCAUUUGUGGGCCAGACCAGAGUGUUAACACUGAACGGCGAGGAAGUGGAGGAAACAGAAAUCAAAGGCUUCGUAUCAGAUCGACAAACUUUCUUCACUGGGAACGUCUGCCAUGAUCAAGUCAUACAAGUGACAGACGAGGGCGUGCGACUGGUGUGCCGCGGCUCGGGCGGGUGGGCGCUGGGCGCGCAGUGGCGGCUGGAAGGUGCGCGCGCGCUCUCCGUGGUGGCGUGCUCCAGCACGCGCGUCGUCGCAGCCGCCGGACCCCGCAUCUACCUGCUGGCCAUCGGACAGGCUCGGCUCGACCUACUCUCAGAGGUGUGCAUGGAGGAGGAGGUGGCGUGCCUGGACUUGGGCCCGGGCGAGGAGGCGGCGCUGCUGGGCGUGGGUCUGUGGACAGACAUCUCUGUGCGCGUGCUUCGGCUGCCCGAUCUCACGCAGCUGCACGCUGAGAAACUCUCCGGAGAGAUAAUACCACGUUCGCUGCUGAUCAGCGAGCUGGAGGGCGUGUGCUACCUGCUGUGCGCGCUGGGCGACGGGUCCAUGUUCUACUUCACGCUGGACCGGGAGACUGGUGCGCUGGCCAGCCGCAAGCGCGUCACGCUCGGCACGCAGCCCACCGUGCUCAGGAGCUUCAGGUCUCUGUCGACGACGAAUAUCUUCGCGUGCUCGGACAGGCCGACGGUGAUCUUCUCCUCCAACCACAAGCUGGUCUUCUCCAAUGUCAACCUCAAGGAGGUCACUCACAUGUGCUCACUCAACGCACAGGCUUACCCGGACAGUUUAGCUCUAGCAACGGACAGCACGGUGACGAUCGGCACAAUAGAUGAGAUACAGAAGCUGCACAUCCGCACCGUGCCGCUGGGGGAGACGCCGCGCAGGAUCGCAUAUCAGGAGGUGUCGCAGACAUUCGGUGUGAUAACAAUGCGCAUAGACAAGGUGGAGUGGUCGUCAGGUCUGGGCACGGCGGUGGCGAGCCGCGUCUCCGCCUCCACCUCGGCCGGCAGCGCGAGCGGCGCGCCCCCGCAGCCGCCCAAACACGCGCCCGCAGCACUCGACCUCGAGACUCACAACCUCCUCAUACUCGACCAACAUACCUUUGAAGUGCUGCACGCGCACCAGCUGAUGACGAGCGAGUUCGCGAUGUCGCUGGUGUCGUGCCGGCUGGGGGACGACCCCAACCACUACUACGCCGUCGGCACCGCCAUACUCAACCCUGAGGAGUCUGAACCCAAACAGGGUCGCAUCCUGCUGUUCCACUGGAGCGAGGGUCGGCUGAGUCAGGUGGCGGAGAAGGAGAUCAAGGGCGGCUGCUACACACUCGUGGAGUUCAACGGCAAGCUGCUCGCCUCCAUCAACAGCACUGUGCGCCUGUUCGAGUGGACGUCGGACAAGGAGCUGCGGCUGGAGUGCAGCCACUUCAACAACAUCGUGGCUCUCUACAUGAAGGUGAAGGGAGACUUCAUCCUCGUGGGGGAUCUCAUGCGCUCCAUAUCUCUGCUGCAGUACAAACAGAUGGAGGGCAGUUUCGAGGAGAUCGCGCGCGACUACAGCCCCAACUGGAUGACUGCCGUCGAGAUACUUGAUGAUGACACCUUCCUCGGCGCAGAGAACAGCAACAACCUCUUCGUCUGCCAGAAGGACAGCGCGGCGACGACGGACGAGGAGCGCCAGCAGAUGGGGUACGCGGGUCAGGUGCACCUGGGCGACACGGUGAACGCCAUGCGUCGCGGCGCGCUCGUCGCCCCCGUCGCCCCGCUCGCCGACACCGCCGCCCCCGUACACAACCCCGUGCUGCUCGCCACCGUGCACGGCGCCAUAUGCCUGGUGGUGCAAGUGUCGCAGCAGCUGUUCGAGUUCCUGCGCCAGCUGGAGGAGCGGCUGACGCGCACCAUCAAGUCUGUGGGCAAAGUGCCGCACGCCUUCUGGCGCUCCUUCAACACGGACAUCAAGACGGAGCCCGCGGAGGGCUUCAUCGACGGCGACCUCGUGGAGACAUUCCUCGACCUCAGCCGCGACAUGCAGCAGGACACCGUGCAGGGACUACAGAUCGACGAUGGCGGCGGCAUGAUGCGAGACGCGACUGUCGACGACCUCAUAAAGAUCGUGGAGGACCUCACGAGGAUACACUAGCGCCCCCCACCCCCACCACCCCACCACAUACCACUCCCCCUA